AUGGUUGGUCUGACAUAUAAGUUUUUCUUGGACAAAGGGAGAUGCUGGUUGUUAGGUAGAUUUAGUGAUGGUGAUUUCAAGUACUUAAUAGAAACCGUACAACUUCUCGCCAUUACUGGACAAAAUCAGGCCUACAAUAAAGCGCUUGAUACUUUCAAUGAGUUACAGAAACUGCUAACCAAGAACAACGGCAAAGUUGUUGGUGAUUUGAUGACACCUAAUCCUCUAGUCGUUUAUGAAACCACCAAUCUAGAGGAAGCUGCUAGCAAAAAGACACCAAAAGGGUAUAUGAAGUUCGAGAAUAUAGAACAGCUACCCACCUUGGCCGAAUAUAUUAAGUGCUCCGGUUCUUUCGAAUUAGCUGACGCCCUCGCUGACGAAUGUUCAUGUGCAAAUCUAGAUUCUUGA